AGACUACUCAAUCUUCGAUCAGGGUUGCAACUUUUAGCGAAUGAACUAGAAAAAUUGAGAAGAAAAGGUGGCUGAUUACCAUUUCACCUUUUCCAUUCAUCCUACCGUUACUGCGCCGUUCAGUAGAAGGGAAGGGAAAAUUGCAAAGGGUGAUCGUAUUCAUUUCACAUUCAAUAAAAUUCAACUUUUAUGAACACAACAUGCAUUCAUCAAUCUCACUUCGAUCAAAUCAUCAUCAAUUCCUACUAAGGCAUUGAAUACAACAAUGAGGCCAAACAACAAGGCUCAAAAUGGGAGAAAGCAUGCCGCCUCUUCAUCUUCAACUAUUGAUGGUGGCAAUGAAUUCAUAGGCACACAUUACACCCCUUCUCCAGACAACCAAACAUUUGCAACUUAUCCUGGCAUGGAAUUACAUGACGCAGGAUCACAACUAGACAUGAAUGCAUACACCGGCAUUCAUCAAUCUCAAUCUCCCCAUCCAUCAAAUCAAUACCAUUCACGUUCCAACUAUCAUUACGGCAAUCAAGCACGACCGCCACCAUCGCAAAACCAACAACAUUAUUUGCCGCCAAACUCUUAUCAACCGGAUCCACUAAGUCCAUCGGGCAUACAUGGGCAAUACGCUCAAAAUGUGGCGGGAGGAGAAAUGGGACCUUAUACUACCAUGUCUGGGAUGAGUGGAGAAUCGCAAAUGCAGGGCGGCUCUAUCGGUCCUGGCAUUUCGUCAAAUGCAGAUUUGCCUUCUGCCACUGUUUCGCCAACCGAUAGCGUUCAUGAUGUUGCCCAAGAUCCGUAUUAUGCGCCUUAUGGUGCUCCUGGAAAUACACAGGUAGGACCGCAAUUCUAUUCUGCUGCUACUGGGCCCACAUAUGGUCAAGGGCAGUAUCAAUCAAACCCAUACGGGAUGCAAUACUAUCCACCCUAUGCACAACCGCCUUACUAUAACCCACAACGACCGCCGCCCGGAUGGAUCGGCGCACCUUCACCACAGCAUCAAGGUUGGCGACCAUCUCCGUAUUACAAUUAUGGCGGAAAUUUGACUGUUGCACCUUUUCAUCGUACGCCGAAUGCAAAUAGGUCUCGGCAGCAAUCCAGUCAAGGAACUCAUGUAGGCUCAAGAAGUGCAAGUACCUCAUCUCGAACAUCGCCCAAUUCUAAUACACCAUCGCGUUCAGGUGCCCCGUCAGGUAUACCAACACCUGAAUCUUCUAGAAGUGGCUCAAAUCGAGGUGUCAGAGCACCUUCGCAGUCUUUACAGGGUCAAGGACCCAGAUCCGAGUACGUAUUGUGGUGUGGCAACGUUCCCGCAGAUGCAACUGUGGAUGAGCUGUAUGCUUUCUUUUCGCGUCUGCCAAAUGACAAUGAUGAAGGUAAUCGAAAGAAGACAAACACCUCCGGAUCAUCAACUCCAUCAGCAGAUCCUCAAGAUCCAGCUGUUCCAGCACAUGGCGUUUUAUCCAUCUUUAUCAUCACCAGGUCCAGCUGUGCUUUCAUCAAUUACGCCACUCCAUUGCACCUCGAACGUGCACUAGUAUUCUUUCAAGGUCAAUCAUUACGUCCAGAGGAUCCACGCUGUCCGAAAUUGGUUUGCAGAGUGCGGAAGAAAGAUGACGAAGCACAAGCAGGAGUUGCAGGUCAACGAGGAAGGGGAAUACAUGUUGCAUGGCUGAAAGAACACGAAAGGAAAGCUAAAGAAGAGCGUCAGCUAUAUGAGGAGAAUGACACAAAUGCACAACACCUUGUCGCUCCACAAGCUGUUAGGUCAAAAGGUGGUGUUGCUUUGGAUAGGGAAGGCGUAGAGCACGAUGCGACAGAUGUACCCUCAGCUCUUACACCAACACCACAAAGAGCAAACGUGUCGUAUUCUUCGCAACAAAGACCUUCCAUUGACAGUUCAAGUGGAGGGUCAGGAUCGAUAUCAUUGGCUUCAACAAAUUCUUCCUUGUUCCGGCAUCCUGCUUUCAGAGAAAGGUUCUUCAUCUUAAAGAGUUUGCGAGUUGAGGACUUGGAUCAAUCUGUCAAAGACGGCACAUGGGCUACACAAUCUCACAAUGAAGCCGUCUUGGAUCAAGCUUUCCGUAAUAGUGAAUCGGUUUAUUUGAUUUUCAGUGCUAAUCAAAGCGGUGGCUUUUACGGCUAUGCCCGCAUGGCAGGACCGAUCAACGCACCAGCAGACAGAAAUGCAACCAUUCGACCCGACUCCAUCCCCGAAGGUGACGAAAGUGGAAGCGACUCACAACAAAAAUUAGCGCUACCGCCUCAAACACUCACAGAUGUGGGUAGUGCAUAUCUCUCUCCAUUGCAAUUGACUCCCUCAAGCGAAGGGCACGAUGAUGCAUUGACUAUUCAGAACAUCAAUUCAGUUUCUUUAGAUGUUCCAAAGAGAGAUACCGAAAAAAGAGGUCCCCAGCGAUCUACGAUCUCGUCCACCCCUUCUAUCAAAAUCAAUGAAAGGACUGAUACAAUCUCACCAACGGAUUUCGUUGCGAAACCAUCGGCUGCACCUCCUGUGACAGUGACCGCUCAAACGCCCGAUGCAUCUACGAAAGGUGUUGGAGAAACAUUGGAUCCUACUUUGCAGGUACCUGAUAGCACAGCCGCUAUUGUGAUCUCGCCCAGUACUGAGGAGGAGAGAGAGCUAUUCUCAUCUGAGCUGGAUCCGGAUCGAACAAAUCAGCGCGGAAAUCGGACUAACCCCAAUCGACAAACCCUCUCUCUUGGCAGCACGACCAGUGAGCCUAUCAGAGGAUCUCCAAAAACGAUUGAAUCUAAUGGCGAUAAUAGUAUCGGACCGAAUGAAUCAGCGUCUUAUCCUACCGAUGCUCGAAGUCAAAGUCAACUGGCGAUCAAAGCACUCAUUCAUAAUUUACGAUUGGAUGAAAAAGAAUCCGUGCACAGGGCAAAACAACUUGAAGCAGUAGAAGCUGAAAUGAAAGCAAAAGAUCACUCUGGACAUAAUUCUCCCGAUCCAGAACAUUCAACAGCUCAAACGACGAUCAAACCUCAACCUUUAGCAUCCUGCCCCGAAACAUGGGGUAAAUCGUUCAAAGUGGAAUGGAUUAAAGUGCAUCCGAUCAGCUUUUCAAGUGUUCGCAGAUUACGCAAUCCUUGGCGUGAUGAUCGUCAAAUCAAAGUUUCACGAGAUGGAACUGAAUUGGAGCCAAACGUCGGCAGACAAUUGCUGGAAGAAUGGACUAAAGCAGAAAACGAGGGUAAUCGUACCUCAAAAGGUGCUUCGAGCAAUGCAGACGACGAUGAAGAAGAGGAGGAUGAAUGAUCAUUAUCAACAUAUCAAAAUAGUAUUUUAAUCGCAUAUCACAGCAUCACAAAUAGCAAAUACAUCAAGCUAUCAUAUCAAAUAUACAAAUAAGAAAUUCAUUUUUCCCAACUCAACAGGAACCACAAUAUACCAAUACACGCAGGCCUUGGGUUUUCUAUCAACUUUCACUUCAAAAUUGUUUUUAUUAGCCAAUCUUCCUUUUAUACAUGCAAAUACCUGGCUUACACGAAUUCGUGGUUUCUUCUCUUUCUAAUAAAUCAACUUUUUCAUUAUUGUUGAACAGAGGGAAUAUUUCUGUUACACUCCAUCGAUCUAUACAUUCUAUAUCGUUACAUAAAUUGGUUGUACUACUAGAAGUCAUAUACACGACGUCAUCUAAUUGUACCUUUAUAUAGUUUUCAAUCAGCAAGAUUUCAAGUCACAUCC